GCAAAAUAAAUGGUAAAAUUCCGAGUUUGACUAAUGGUGUUGUUUUAAAAUACAACACACGAGUAUUGUCAGGCAUCAUAUGAGUAGCAGUGAUAAAAUUCAUUUUUGCCGAGCCCCUGAGUCCAGCCCUUUGAUUUUUUUUUUAAUUGUUGACGUAUCAUUUGACACACGGUGUGUUUUCGGAGCUAAGCGUUAGCGGGUUUUGUUGCCAUUAGCUGUGGAGCGGAAACAUGAGGAGCCUAAAGUCCGUGUACGGAACCCAACAUUUGUUGCUCAAAAGUCUCUUUGCAUCUUGCAGAACUGAAUUAACGUUUUCUAACAGCCAGUCGAACGUCAAGUGCUGUGGCUGUUAUUUUUCUACCACCAGUGAGAGGAGGUCACAGUUCUAUUCAGAUCCUGCAGACGUGGUAAAAGAUAUUCCAAAUGGAGCUACUAUUUUAGUAGGAGGCUUUGGGCUUUGUGGCAUUCCAGAGAAUCUCAUCAACAGCUUACUCAAGACUGGAGUUAAGGGUCUCACAGCAGUCAGUAACAAUGCAGGUGUGGAUGACUUUGGACUUGGACUACUGCUUAAGACCAAGCAGAUCAAGAGGAUGAUCUCUUCAUAUGUUGGGGAGAAUGCGGAAUUUGAGCGACAGUAUCUGGCAGGGGAGUUGGAAGUGGAACUAACACCACAGGGUACUCUUGCAGAGCGGAUCAGGGCUGGGGGUGCUGGGAUCCCAGCCUUCUUCACAUCCACUGGCUAUGGCACACUGAUCCAAGAGGGAGGCUCUCCCAUCAAGUACAAUAAUGAUGGCUCCAUUGCUAUUGCCAGUGAGAAGAGAGAGGUGCGGGAGUUCAAUGGCAGGCACUACAUCAUGGAAAAGGCCAUCACUGGUGACUUUGCCCUAGUCAAGGCUUGGAAAGCAGACAAAGCUGGAAACAUUGUUUUCAGGAAAACAGCCAGAAACUUCAACCAAACCAUGUGCAAGGCAGCUAAAACUACAAUAGUGGAGGUGGAGGAGGUGGUGGAUGUUGGUACUUUUGCUGCAGAGGACAUCCACAUACCCAGCAUCUAUGUGCACAGGAUUGUCCAGGGAGCCAGCUACGAGAAAAGGAUUGAGAAACGUACAGUAAAGAAAAGCCAGGAAGAGAAGCCCAAACCAAAGAAAGACUCUGAUUUUGUUCGAGAAAGGAUCAUUCGUCGGGCUGCUCUGGAAUUUGAAGAUGGAAUGUAUGCCAACCUUGGUAUUGGCAUUCCCAUGCUGGCCAGCAACUUUAUCAAACCUGACAUCACUGUCCACCUCCAAAGCGAAAAUGGGAUUCUGGGACUGGGACCGUAUCCCACAGAGGAUGAAGUAGAUGCAGACCUGAUUAAUGCUGGGAAGGAGACUGUCACUGUGCUUCCUGGUGCUGCCUAUUUCUCCAGUGAUGAUUCAUUUGCCAUGAUCAGGGGGGGUCACAUAAACCUGACGAUGCUGGGAGCCAUGCAGGUGUCAGAGUAUGGCGAUCUGGCCAACUGGAUGAUUCCAGGGAAAAUGGUGAAAGGAAUGGGCGGAGCCAUGGAUUUGGUAGCCAGCGCUGGAACAAAGGUGGUAGUAACCAUGGAGCACUCAGCUAAGGGAGGGAAACACAAGAUACUUGACAAAUGCAGCCUGCCUUUGACAGGGAAGCAGUGUGUGGAUCGGCUCAUCACAGAAAAGGCUGUGUUUGAUGUGGAUAAGACAAAAGGCCUUACUCUGAUAGAAAUAUGGGAGGGGCUAACUCCUGAGGAUAUCAAGGCAUGUACAGGUGCUGAUUUUCAGGUUUCUCCCAACCUGCGAUCCAUGCAGCAGAUCUAGGAGGAGUUUGCAUUAAAUGCGAAUCUGUGGAGUUUUUGAUUUGACUUUUUUGCCAUUUGGUUUCAGUGUGAAGUACAGAUAGUGAUUUAAUAACCUGGAAAUGGACAGUUAAGAAAAUCUAAAGAAUACACACAGUUCACUUCUCUGGUAAUAACACAAAUAAAAAAAUGAUUACUAGCCAAGUAAUUACUAAUAUUAAUUGAACAGAUUUUGUACCAAAUAUUCAUUGACCAUUUUAUUUUUUUUUUAUUAUUAUUAUUAUUAUUUUAGUGGACUGACCUGAUGACCAUGUAUUUCCAAAGAACAACAACAAAAAAAACUCUAAAGUAUUCCAAAAACAGAUACAAGUUGAGAGAUAAAUGCUGAUUAUUAAUGACUCUUGAAAUCAAAUUUAUUUGGAAUUGUGUGUUCCUAUAAUUUAUAUGUGUUCACUAGGUCAAGUCUUCCCUGUGUUAGCAAAACUGUAGUUUGUAUAUUAUACAUUUAACAGACAAAGCAAUCCAUUAAUUUCAGUUGUAAGACGGCUGCUGUUAUUUGGACAAGUAGUGAGACAUUAAAAGGCCUGCCUGAAAUGUGUAAUUACAUGAAGCCUUAACAUUUCUCACUCAGUGUUUUCUGUGCCCUUGCCUUUAUGAAAUGCAAUGAAGUAGUAGAACAAGCAGCAUUGUGUUGGCUAUGACCUGUGAAAUUGUGUCAUCUUGAUCUCAAAAUUUUCCAGAUUAAAAAUGAAGUCUUGAAAUAAC